GAGGGGCAGAGGAAUACAGCGCUCUGUAAUAUAAAUUGACGUUGUUUCGGCUGUUGGAGCAGUUAUCCGCUAUCGGGCUCAGAAGGGAGAGGCACUGCACAGAGCUGAUACUCGGCACCACUGAGCAGUUAUCCUAAUUCACAGCAGAGAGAAGCCUUUCCUAACAAAGUUACUGCAGACAGAAGAGCUCCAGAUCCUGCACUCCAUACAAAAGCAUGGCACCUAAAGGCACUGCUAUCGGCAUUGAUCUGGGCACCACAUACUCCUGUGUGGGUGUUUUCCAGCACGGCAAGGUGGAAAUCAUUGCCAACGACCAGGGAAACCGCACCACCCCCAGCUACGUGGCCUUCACCGACACCGAGAGACUGAUCGGAGAUGCCGCCAAGAACCAGGUGGCGCUGAACCCACAGAACACAGUCUUUGAUGCCAAGAGGCUGAUCGGCAGGAAAUUCAACGAUUCUGUGGUGCAGUCGGACAUGAAGCACUGGCCCUUCCAGGUGGUCAGCGAUGGGGGGAAGCCCAAGGUGAAGGUGGAGUAUAAAGGUGAAGAGAAAACCUUCUCCCCUGAGGAGAUCUCCUCCAUGGUGCUGCUGAAGAUGAAGGAGACAGCAGAGGCGUACCUGGGACACACAGUCACCAAUGCUGUCAUCACCGUGCCAGCUUACUUUAACGACUCUCAGCGCCAGGCCACCAAAGAUGCUGGUGUUAUCGCAGGACUGAACGUACUGAGAAUCAUCAACGAGCCCACAGCAGCCGCUAUCGCUUACGGCCUAGACAAGGGAUCUCGUGGGGAGCGCAACAUCCUCAUCUUCGAUCUGGGAGGCGGCACCUUUGAUGUUUCCAUCCUCACCAUUGAUGAUGGCAUAUUUGAGGUGAAAGCCACAGCUGGUGACACUCACCUGGGUGGAGAGGACUUUGAUAAUCGUAUGGUGAACCACUUUGUAGAGGAGUUUAAGCGUAAGCACAAAAAAGACAUCAGCCAGAACAAAAGAGCACUGAGGAGGUUGAGGACAGCCUGUGAGAGAGCCAAGCGUACCCUGUCCUCCAGCUCCCAGGCCAGCAUUGAAAUCGAUUCCCUGUUUGAGGGCAUUGACUUCUACACAUCCAUCACCAGGGCCCGCUUUGAGGAGCUGUGCUCUGACCUCUUCAGAGGCACCCUGGAACCUGUAGAAAAGGCCCUGAGAGAUGCCAAGCUAGACAAGUCUCAGAUCCACGAAAUUGUCCUGGUUGGAGGCUCCACACGUAUCCCCAAAGUUCAGAAGUUGCUGCAGGACUUCUUCAAUGGGAGAGAACUGAACAAGAGCAUCAACCCUGACGAGGCCGUGGCUUAUGGAGCUGCUGUUCAAGCUGCCAUCCUGAUGGGAGACAAAUCUGAAAACGUUCAAGACUUGCUUCUGCUUGAUGUGGCUCCGCUUUCUCUGGGCUUGGAAACAGCUGGAGGAGUCAUGACAGUCCUUAUCAAACGCAACACAACCAUCCCUACCAAGCAGACGCAGGUCUUCACCACCUACUCUGACAACCAGCCAGGUGUCCUCAUUCAAGUAUAUGAGGGUGAGAGGGCCAUGACCAAAGACAACAACCUCUUGGGCAAAUUUGAGCUUAGUGGCAUCCCCCCUGCUCCUCGAGGGGUGCCCCAAAUCGAGGUCACCUUUGAUAUUGAUGCCAACGGAAUCCUCAAUGUCUCGGCUGUGGAUAAGAGCUCUGGCAAACAGAACAAGAUCACGAUAACAAAUGACAAAGGCCGCCUGAGCAAAGAAGAGAUUGAGAAGAUGGUUCAGGACGCUGAGAUGUACAAGGCUGACGAUGAUGCCCAAAGAGAGAAGAUCGCUGCCAAGAACUCUCUUGAAUCCUAUGCCUUCAACAUUAAGAGCAUGGUGGAGGAUGAAAACAUGAAGGGGAAAAUCAGUGAGGACGACAAGAGGACCAUCUCUGAGAAGUGCCAGCAGACCAUCUCCUGGCUGGAGAGCAACCAGCUUGCGGAGAAGGAGGAGUACGUCCAUCAGCAGAAGGAGCUUGAGAAGGUGUGUCAGCCCAUCAUAACUAAACUGUACCAGGGAGGCAUGCCAGGCGGUAUGCCAGCCUCCAGCUGCGGAGCUCAGGCCCGACAGGGCAGCAGCUCCGGCCCCACCAUCGAGGAGGUGGAUUAAAACUUUUUUGAGGGGUCAAAUAGAGUUCAGACUGUUAUUUGCACAGCUAGCUUUCCAUUUACCCAUACAGGAGAUGUGACAUAUGAACUUUUUGAAAGUGUUAAAGAAAACAGAUUUUUGUUAAUUUUAUUUGUGACUGUCAUUGUACACGUGACUGUUUGGUUAUAAUGUGUUGUUAAGGAACAGUCGACGCUGGUUACUUUGGGGUGGAGUUUUGCACUGAAACAUUUUCUCUAUUUU